GCAUGAGUAAGAGUACCACCUCAAGAUUUCCACAAGGAAAAGCGCCUUAAAUCAACACAAACUGCCCGGACUUUCUGCUGGAAGACUCUACACCCUCCACUGUUGCUGAAUGAAGAAGUGACUCGUCUGUGAUCGCAGUCAUGGCUGUGCAGACUGGCAUCCAGGUAUGGUUUGGCGAGAAGUUCGAUGCCCCGUUGCUGAGCCCCAGGAGCCCUCGCAGUCCAUUAGCACAGCGCCACGGCCCCGGUCUCGCAGACGUCUUCCAGUAUGACCAGUGGCUGGCGGUGCGGCAUGAGGCCACCCUGGUGCCCAUGCAGGAGGAUCUGGCCAUCUGGCUCUCUGGCAUGCUGGGAGAGGAGGUCAGAGCAGAGUUUUUCAUGGAGGAGCUGAAUAACGGCGUGAAGCUCUGCCAACUUAUCGGCGUGCUGCAGACUAAGAUCGCCCAGAGCUGCCCCUCCGCACUCUGCAAGCUGUUCCCCACAAGGAAGGUGGCAUGUAAGCGGGACGCCUCUCCAGGCUCCUUCUUCGCCCGCGACAACACCGCCAACUUCCUGGCCUGGUGUCGCCACAUCGGUGUGGAGGAGACCUACCUGUUUGAGUCGGAGGGCCUCGUGCUGCACAAGGAGCCUCGGCAGGUUUGUCUCUGUCUGCUGGAGAUCGGCCGCAUCGUCUCCAAGUACGGCGUGGAGCCCCCUGUGCUGGUGAAGCUGGAGAAGGAGAUUGAGCUGGAGGAGACUCUGCUGAUGACGGAGGAGCCGCCUCCGGCCGUCAAGACCUUCAGCGUGUGCUGUCAGCACGGCGGUCUCUACCAGCCGGGGGAGCAUGGCAUGGACGACCCACCCUGCAACUGCUCCAACAGAGUUUCCAUUGAGUACCUGUCAGAGGGACGCUACAGACUGGGAGACAAGACCCUCUUUAUUCGGAUGCUUCAUGGUAAACACGUGAUGGUGCGUGUCGGUGGCGGCUGGGACACGCUGCGCGGCUUCCUGAUGAAGUACGACCCUCUGCGGGUUCUGCAGUUCACCACUCUGGAGCAGAAGAUCCUGGCCUUUCAGAAGGGCCCCCCAGGCCUGGGAGGCCACCCCGGCAGUGCCGCUCCACCCCCUCCUCCUGACAUGGACCCCCUCGCCGCCGUCAAUAACCUCAUUUCCUCCUCGGCCUCCUCUUCCUCCUCCACAUCCUCGUCUUCCUCUUCGUCUGGCUCGGCCGGUAAGCCGGUGUGCGUGACCGCUGCGGGUCAGACGUGUCGGUCCUACACGGCCUCCCCAGCCUGCACGCCAACGAUGCCCAGAAAAGGUUCUGCCACAGCGGUCAAGAAGAACCUCCAGGGGGCGCAGUCCUCCCCCAGGAAGCCCACCCAGCUGCCCCUGCCCAUCACCACCAAAGGUUCCUCCUCUCUGCCCUCCACGCCUGUGGGGAGCUCCUCCAAACAGUCUCCCAGCCCAGGGUGUCAGGGGGUGCAGGUCCCUCGCAGAGCUCUGACUCCAUCCUCAGCUCCAUCAGCUGCCCCUGCAGAUCCAAGGCCCGCCUCCAAUCCUAGGCUCAGACCGUCACCACGCGGCCCCGCCUCUCAGCCCAGGAGCCCGGUCUGCCCCGAGCCGUCUUCCAAAUGCCCCAAACCCUCCAGCCCCUGCACCUCCCCCAUCGCCACCUCCGUGCCUCGCCCCGUCACUGCACCAGGACGGGCACCCACCCCUAAAGAUGCCCGGCCCCCAUCAGGGGCCAGCCAGCGCUCUCGCCUUGCACAGCGCCGCCCUGGCUCCCCAGCCUCACGCCUCCGCCUGGACGUCACCAGGCGGGUCCGGACAGCCACGAAAGCUGCGGUGGCGACAACUCCCCAACCCCGGACCCCCACCCCCAGCUCACGGACAGCCUCCCCGGCGCUGCCAAAACCCGCCUCCUCCCUGCCGAAGAGCAAAGAGAUCACAGCCAAAGCCAAGGGACCGGCCCCCGUCAAGGUGGCCGCUGCCCCUCCACGCGGUACUGCUGCUGUCCCCGGGCGGGUCCACGGGGGCAACACGGGACCUUCUCCCACCAGCAAAACCAAUCAGAAAACACCGGCCGCAACACAGAGGGCGGGGCGAAAGCAAGCAGCCACCACUAACCCCAUCAACGGGAAAUCAGCUCUGAAACCUGAACCGACUCCAGUCCUGCAGAAAACCAGCCCCAACGUCAAAGCUGGUAAGACGGAGCCCGGCGUCAGCAAGAGGGUCCCACAGUGUCAGGGCAAAAGCGGGGACGCUUAUUUUGAAAUGAACAGUCGGAGGAGACAGAAGACGUAACGGCAGGGUCUCCGAGGACUUGCCAAAGCCAGCAGGCUGGUCACAUGUAGCUUAUUAGAAACCAGCACAUGUUGGAGCUCAUCGAACAAGCUCAUCGUGACACUAAUCCACAUCAGAGAGGUUCUCAUGUUUGACCAUUUUUUUGUCUUCAAAUCUAUUUUUGUUUGUUGGUUUUUGUAUGUUAUUUAACAGUCUUUAAUUUUAUUUUUUUUAAUCCAAAAGGGUCAAAGAUGUCAUGCUUUGUUUGUGUCGUGUUUGUGGUGAUUUAAUGGUCUUCUUUGAGAGGUCAUCUCCAUUUACCUGUUAGAUACUAAAACUUGCACAAUGUUUACAGUUUCAUCUUCAUCACACGUGCAGCCGUUACAAAUCAUUUGUCAGCUGACUUUUAAAGAACUAAUAGAAUUGAGUAGAAAGCCCGUGUUCAAACACAAACCUCAGAGCGACACAGACUCCCAGGACACAGCCAUGGUUUAGUUAAACGCACUUAUGUGAGUAUUUGCAGGAAGCGGAUCAGUUUGCAUUCAUGGCGAAGCAGCUUCUGAGUCCUGUUUUUCUCCAGCAGGUUACCAAAGUUGUGACAUGUCUAGAGUUCAGUGAUGCAACUGGAACACAAACGAUGGUUUCUGAUGAUUUAUUUCUCCCCAGUGAGAACACACACUCCACUGGUGGAUAGUGAGAUGUGAUUUUUGUAUAAUGAUAUCUAGGUGGACGGUUUCUGGUGAUGGCGCCUGACAAAGCGCCAUCGGGAGCGGACCUUCCUGUCGUGUGCCUUCAUCAGAAAUCUCUCGUUUCUGGGCGGCAUUAGAAUGUAUUAGACGA